AGUAGGAUAUAGAGCAUAAUUAAAUUGAUGAGAUUUCUACUAUCCCUUUUAUUGGUUUUACUGAGCUACACCCAAGUGGAAUCAAACUGUUUCAAGUUAACCCCAACUACAUGGAAAUUCCUAAACCCCAACUCCUCCGACAACAAAACCGGCCUCCUCCUCGCUGAGAUCAACUCGGAACUCUACACCGUCUUACCUGGACUCAACCCCUACCAAGAUAUAUGUAACUCAUCGGAGUACAGAGUAAGUGAAGCUGAGGAGUUCCUGCCAGCUUCCACCCUACUGCGGUUUCCCUGUUUGUUUUAUGAGGAUGGAGUGGCGUACACGUGUACAGGAGGGGGCUGUAUGGAGCAUGUCUACUUGGAAUGUGGUGACUCUGGUAAUGGCGGUAGUGAUAGCAGGGCUGGACAACCUGACCCGAACAUUUUCCACGCUGAAUCUCAAGGGAAAGCCGGAUACGCACUAGAAGACUACAGCAAAGAGAAUUGUCCAAUUUGCUACAACCCCAGAGUGAACCUGCCCAAUGAGUGUACACAGGAUGAUGCAGACAAGACAAGAACUAAAGCGUGCGAUGAGGAUGAGCUUUGUUACAUUAUGAAGUUGGAAGAAGGUGCUGUUCCAGGCGCAAAAGAUCCAUAUGUCAGAAACACGAACUAUCAUAAAGACUACAAUGCCCAAUUUCUUUGUGCCACCGAAGACGAAUUCUUAAGUAUGAAGCGUAAAAGACUGACAAUAAGAGAUGUGGCAGCUACAACUGCUGCGCCCACAGGCUCAACAUCAGGAACAUCAAAUGGUGUAUUUGAUCCAGAAAUUAUAGCGGAUCCAGUUCCAGAUAGAUCCAGAGUACUUCCCAAAGAAAUAAUUAAAGCGGCCAGAAACAUUACGGAUAAAACUGUACAAGGUUCACCUUCAACAGAACCAACAACAGAACCAACAACAGAACCAACAACAGCCAGAAGAGACACCACACCUACUACCACACCUACUACCACACCUACUACCACGCCUACUACCACUGAAGGAACUACUCCCCCGACUCCAUCAAAAGAACACACUGUGGGUUGUUGGUUCAGUUCACCCGAGAAAACACCAACACCAACACCUGUGCUCACAAAGGCCCCAACCCCCUCCGGGUCCGUUCCCUCCAGGUCUAAUGUCACCACAUCAGAACCAACAGCAGAACCAACAGAGAAACCCACAGAAGGAAGAGACACUGAUUGUUUUAAAGAGAACUUAAGAACAAGUGGCGCUGUGUUGAAGCAAGUUAGAUACACUACUGACAGGGAUUGCGAAGAGAUCUGCUUGACUUUCGAUGGAUGCCAAGCAGUGGUAACCAGUCCAAUGUUUUGGUUCUGGACAGAAUGUUUCGUUAUUGGAGAAUACGAUCUUUCGAAAAACGAUGCUUCGGGAUGGGAUACUGCUGAAAGAAAAUGUUUCGACGACAACUUUGAUGGAGUUACAAGACCCCGAGUAAGAACAGAAAGAACGGAUCAGCCUACAAACUCAACAUCAGAACCAACAGCAGAACCAACAGAGAAACCCACAGAACCAAGAGACAUCGACUGUUUUACAGAAAAUCUAAGAACGCAAGGAACAGUUUUGAAACAAACUAGAUACUCUUCUGACAGGGCUUGCAAGGAACUCUGUGUAACUAUCGAUGGAUGUCAAGCAGUGGUAACGAGUCCCAUGUUCUGGUAUUGGACAGAGUGUUUUAUCAUUGGGGACUAUGAGUUGUCAACAAAUGACGCUACUGGAUGGGACGUUGCUGAAAGAAAGUGCUUUGAUGCUGAUUCCCGAGAGGCAACAACAGAACUUGUUCCCGACACCCUGACGACAGCCGAACACGAAGUACCAACCAAAUACCGCACAGAAUGUACCCUGAGGGUAGUAUCCUCCGGUGAACCAAGUGCCAGAACACAUUCCUGGUAUGGAAGGAGAGACACCUGGAAUGGUGACGUCACAUUCUCAGCAGAUACCAAAGAUAUGCUCCUGAUAGGACUACAUCCAGAGCGUGGGAACAUAGCAGUGCAAAACAGUGUGUUUACACAGGGAACGGAGCAGUGGGGGUAUCAGUGGGUUGAUGUUAGCUUUCCGGAGGCAGAUGAGGAAGGGAGACGGGAGUACGAUUUUGAGUUCAACGAGUCUGCGUUUGUUCUCAGAUGUGGGGAUAAGGUUAUGAUCACAAUUCCAUACGAAGAGCUAACAACUGCCAAAGAGCAGUUUUUGAGCAGCAUUAAUACGGUAACAUUCAAACUGGGGACAGAAGAACCAGUUUCUGUUCAAUAUGCCCGAAGGUGCCAAGAUAAUGAACGGGAAACAAGAGAUUGGCGUGACUUCUCACUGAGUGACAGGCUUAACCUAGCAGUCAACAUGGAAGAAGAAGAAACAUACUACGUCAGAUUCCCUUGCUCCGACUCCAUCUGGUUCAAACUCUUCCUGAAUGCUGAAGAUGAACAGAACUCCCACAUUGAGCUCUUCAGUAAAACUAGGGGUAACGUUUAUUGUAACAAAGCUGGAUUCAAAAGCUGGUACGGUGGAGAAGUAACAGAUUUCAACAUCUACAGGGAGUGGGAAUGCGAGGAUGAUGGACGGUUCAUGGUUGUGGAGGUGGAGAAGACAAGGGAUCACGUUGCAAUAAAGAACAGAGGAAACGUUCUAUACAAGAAAACGUUCGGCUCCCGAGACGGAAACUGUUAUAAGAGAACUGAAAGAGUUUCCACUCAAGUUUGGGACUAUGAAGGUUCCCUCUCGCUUGCCUUUUCUUCCACAGAAGAAGUACAAGAAGCAACGGGGACCACAGCGCCAGUUAUAGUGGUGACAAGAAAGAUAUCAUUGACUACCGAGGAACUAAAAGAGGAACGCACCGAGGAAACAACACCAACAGAGAAAACUUUGUGUAAAGACGAUCAGUUCACUUGCCCAGAAAGGUGUAUAUCAGCUUCUUGGAGGUGUGAUGGUGAAUCAGAUUGCUUGGACGGAUAUGAUGAGAAAGAUUGUGCCCCUACCCCAGUAGAGGAAAAAGAAGGAUGUGAAGGUAACACAUGCACCAGACUAUUAUCCAGGGGAGACUUUGUAUUCGAAACUGACAAGAAAUUAACAGCAGACAACAAGGAAACGUACCUGAUAAUGAAGAGGACCGGUAACCUGGCCCUGUACUGCAGAGAUGAGACUCUGAUAUGGGAAACUGGUACUAAGGGUGUUUCUGUCCGCAAGGGGUUGGUUAUCCAGAGGGAUGGACGCAUGGUUCUGUAUGAUGAUAAAACUAAGCAAAUAGUUUGGGACAGUCAUGAAGAGCGUAGGGUUUGGUAUGGAAGAUCGGAAAAUCUGAGGCUUGUGGCACAAAAUGAUAACAAUUUGGUUCUCUACGGUGCUAACAGAAGGGUGCUGUGGGCUUCUGACACUGUUAACCAAUGUAAGGAAACUCCCAAGGAAGGAGGUUGCUCUGGUAACAGGUGUGUUGCUCUUGCAGACGGAGAUAAUGUAAUCUUAGCGCCAGGAGAGUCGAUAAGAGCAGAGAACGGAGAGACCACACUUUACAUGCAGACUGACGGAAACUUGGUCCUGUACUGUGCAGGGGGAACACCGAUUUGGCACUCAAAUACCUGGUUCUGGGAUGAGGAGAACCAUCGACUUGUAAUUAAGAACACCGGCGAAAUGGUUGUAGUUGACAAAGAAGACAGUCAAAAAUGGUCCAGCUACUCAGGUAGUCCAGAUGGAGUAACGCUGGUAGUCCAAAACGACAACAACUUGGUUCUGUACUCAAGAGAUGGUGAGGGCAUUUGGCAAUCGAACACUGCUAAUUGGUGUGAACGGUACUAAAUUAGAGGCUCCUCGGUCCUCGUGAAUCUAUUUUUAGCUGUGUCCGGAUUUAACGCGGGCUUACAACUUUUCAAUACAGUAGACUUGAGGUAACUUAAAGAACUGUCAUACUAUGAGAAUCUUCUUCGUGAUUCAAAUCAAAUAUUUUAUUGCUUUGGAAACAUCGCUUAUUAUAGUUAAUAUUAUGGGUAUUUCAAUUAUUAUGAAAAGAAUUGUUUUUAAAGUCACAAAUGUUAAAUUUUCUUAUAAUUUAUUAUUAUUUCUAGCAUCAACACAA